AACCGUAUCCAGGAAGUAAUUUGCCGUUGUCAAGCAAACUUGUGCGUGUCUUUGCAAAUGCUCUCUGAAGAAUGUGCACUUCACACGUUUACGAAUGUAGCUAGCUAUCUAAGGUGUCCGUGAGUGAUGAUUUGUUCCCAGGACUCUGUACCUUUGGCGCGGCCAGGCACAGAGAUGGUACUGGUGACUUAGCUGAGUGGGUCUGGUCAGAUGAACCCAACCCCUGCUGCUUACAAGGACUCUGACAUGCUGGUGGAGCUCUUACCUCUCUACAGAAAAGCUGGGACCUGGGAACCACGCUGUCUCACCUUCAGGUGCUGUGGAUAUCUCACUGCAGCCUGGCAGACCUGGAUGGUGUCCCCUCCUCCUCUCUCAAGGAGCUGUAUGUGGCCUACAACAGAGUGUCGGACCUGAGUCAGUUGAGCAUGCUGGAGAAUCUACAGCUGUUGGACCUGGAAGGGAAUGAUGUGAAUGACCUGGUGCAGGUGCAGUACCUGGGCCGGCGCUCCCAACUCUGCACGCUCACCCUAGAGGGAAACCCUGUCUGUAUGCACCCCCACCCUAAUGCCACACAGUUCGAGGAGGAAAAGGGGAACUGCUACCGGUUGGCGGUAAGGGAGCUGGUCCCACAGCUGCAUUACCUAGACUACAUGUGUGCAGAGGAGAAGGCAGGGCCUGGCUGCACCAACUCCAUGGGGGAAGACUGGGCCCUGCUCAGAGAGUCCAUCAAAGACGGCAGCUGCGUAGCGAUGGCACAGGGUGCAGGGAAGAUCUUGUUCUGUGGGAACCCUGUCCAGGCCCUCAGAGCCAGGCGACAGAAGAUGAGGAUGUCUAUUAGCCAUGUCGAGGGAUGGCCUCAGAUACUGACCAUCCUCCACAGUGAUGAAGAGAAGGAUGAUGAAGGAAGUCUCAGCAUUUUCAGUGGCGAGGAGGUGGGUGGAAAAAGAGAUGGGUCGAGUCACUGGGCAAACACUGGCUCGCCAGACUUACCUUUCCAGUCCCCCUCUUCAGAUGUGUUUCAGAUAAAAGCCAAAUCCCUUGAGGUGGCCUGUAUCUCCCUAUCCUCUGAAUCCACUCUGAUGCCCUCUCCCCCUCAAAACGCCACAUCAGACCGUGGUGGCUGGAGGGUGUCAGAGCUGCGAGCGCGCAGACUGAGGCUUAGUGGUGGGGUGGCUGAGGCCAGGGCUGGGACUGCUGUAAAGCCUACUGACGACCACACAGAGCUAGGGCCAAUUAGAGGAGACCCAGGCUUGAGAACCAAGGGCUCCAGGAGUCUGUGAGGCCCAAAGUCCCUCUGCUUCCCUAGGAUACUCACCACCUGCCACACAGGCCAGCCUCCAUCUCCCUAGUCCAAGGGCUCAGGUCACCGACAGGCGGAGCUUCUGUGCAGUCCUGCAACGGGCAUCAACCAAUCACCUCAUGCAGAUCACCAGAGAGGAUGACCAUCAUGUUUAGGGAAGAGGACUCUGGGGGCUGGAUUACAUCCAACAAUCACCUGAAGAGUGGAACAUGGGAUCCAAGUGUGAACUUCCUAUCUCAAUGUUUUGACUCCCUCUGCUGGACAGUUAGAGAAUAAUUUGCAUCCCUCUUUUCUUUCCCAGCUCAGAAUUGUACAGUACUGACACUGAUAUCACAGUGCCUUUACUGAGGACAACAGCCCUGGUAGGGGGAGGCACAGUCCCAAAAUUCCAUUUUUGUUUUAUCAAGGCAACGGUCUGCUUAUGGACCAUGUGGACUCCUCCGAGCAGUCGGAUAGGCUGUUUGGAGUGUUCAUCCGACUGGAUUAAAAAAAGUAAUAAUAAUGUCCCCCCAACUUCUAAAACCAAAGUUGUGCCCCUGAUCAUAGCAAAAGUAAUGAAGACAUCACAUGGAGGUUUCUAAAUGAAAUAGUGUAUGUGCAUAUAAUCAGACUGUGUCAGAGUGCUUUAGGCUAGUACUAACACUACUGGAGCUUUUUCAGAAUAUUUGGGAAAAUUUAGUUGGCCAGUGUUCCUGCUUAGAGAAAUACCCCUGAGCUGCUGGAUCAGGACCAGUGCUAUUGUGAAGCUUACAAUGGAAAGGUCAGGACCAGAGAGGAAAACUGAUCCUAAAUCCGUUUCUAAGGGUUCAAUGUAAUUUAAUUGCUGUUGGUUUUGACUAGAGAAACUCUGUGACACCUUCCUCUUCAUGUGGUGUCCCAUGUCGACAACAGGUGAACAAUUUUAACCAAGCUGACAUAUUUGAGCAAGCCCAAUCCUGUUCCGGGAGACCGGGAAUCCACACACAUACACACUCACACCGCAAACUGAGGGCCUUGUUUCCAGUCCACAUGUCUGUCAGUUCUGCUUCACUGCUGUCUCAGGCAACAAGACACAAAUAAAGGAGCAAUAGAAUAACAAAA